AUGCUUAAUAAAAACCAUACACUAGCAACUGCUAAAUUUUUUACGUAGUAAAUUUUGGUUAAAUUGAAGUGUUUUAAAAUAAAACCUGAAUUAGUUUGGAAUUCUGUUACACUAACCAUUAAGAAUAAGGUAGUGAAACAUUGAUAAUUAUAUAGGUAACUGUGUUGUGUAAAUAAUGAAUGUUAGCUAUAUUAAUAAUGUUAAGGAUUCAGAAAGGAAUGUAGUACUAUGUGUCAAUACUACAGAAUAUUACUGUAGCAAUAUUAUUUUUUUUUGAUUUACGACUUCAUUUUUGUAAAAAUUGAAGUCAACCUUAAGUAACUGCUAACAUAUUAAUAAUUUAUUGGACUCUCUUGUAAUAUUCUUAAUGCCAGUUACAUUAGGUCCAUCUUACAAAACUAUCAGUUAAUCUUGUCUGUUGAAAUCGCUCUAUUGCAAUUCUUGUAUUCUGUUGGCAUUGGUUGGCACUACUGCAGCUGUCCCUGUCAGUUGUACUCACUAGAGGCUUCACGCAAACAUUGGACAUCUGCUCUAAAUGCUGCUGGCAUUAGACAAACAAGACUGACACAGUGUUGCUAUUGUUUAACAGCCUCUCUACAGUGCCAUUGUGUUGAUUAUCUGCAAUAAGAGUACAAGGCAUAAGUAUCUUGUUAGUUCAGAAGAGACAACAUUUGUCGAUGCCGUGGCUCUCUGUGUUGUAUGUGUUUCAUCUCCAUCUAUUUAUGAGAAUGUGGCCUGAGCUCUGCACAUAACUGGAUUUUUAUUACAUGGGUAAGUAAAGACCUCAGUUCCUAUUAAGCAUGUUGAAUAAUUACUGAUCAAGAGUUAAAAACCAAUUUUAAAUUGAACGGGGGAAAUGAAUUAAUUAACACAGUAACCCAGAAUAUGCAGUAUAUUUUAAUACAAGUGAUCAUGGAGUUUCUGCUCUGUGUCAUGUGAAAUUUUGAUGUGACCAAAGAGUUUUCAACAAUAGAUAGUGAUGUUAGUAGGUAGGUAAUUACUGAAGAUGUAUUUAGCUGAACAGUGAAUUUGUCAUUGUUCAGCAGAGCUGAAUGUUUGAAGGCAGAUGUGUUACAUUUCAUCACUUAUUCUAAGUGACUGGUCAAAUCAAUUGCUUUUCCCUGUCCACGGUCAUAUAGAAAGGUCUGCCAACUUCCUAUUCUUCUCCUUGGCGUGUCUUGUAAUUUUACCGCAUUUGUCAGUUAAAUUUGAUGCUUGUGAUCCAGUAAUGUUCUUAAAUAUAAAUAUUUAAAUUACAGGUCUACCUAGUGGUCCAGUGGCCUUUUGGGUUAUGGCUGUAAACAAAACAAACUUCUCUGUGAUUGGAAAACAAAGAAAAGAAGCAUUUUAAAGAACUAACCUUGCAUGAAUAUCAAAAUGUAUAAAAACAGACAUUUGUGUUUUAAACAUGCAUUUGACAUUUUAAAAAUGGUUAUGUGAGAAUUGUGAUUGAUUGGCUUCCACAUUCUCAACAUUUCAACUUUAACUGAAAAUGUGGUAAAAUUACAAGUUAUUGUUAUGCAUUAAACGAUGUUUUAUGAGCAUGACAGAAUCACAAAUAAUAUUAAAAUAUAAUUGUGAAACUCCCUUUAAACCCAAUGUUAAGUCAGGGCUAAGCCACUACUAGUGCCGUUAUUUUCAAACUGCAGUGAGCUUCAGUAUAAAGUAAUUUAUGUGUCCGUUAAGUAGGCCCUAUGUCCUGAGGGUAUUCCGAGCGGAUGUUCUGUAAGAAUGUCUGUAGGAUAUCUACAAAAAAAAUAUUGUAGACACAUACACAAAUUAAUUGCACAAACUUAAGUCCAACUUUAUGGAAAUCCUAGAUUGUGUAUAGUUUGUCAUUAACAAUAUACCUAUUAGGAUACAGGAAACAACAAAAAAGGGGGUAGUCUGUAAAGUCGGAUUACGGACGAUAAUUUUACGUGAUAACGUCAUAAGAAAACAUUGAUGAAAAAUUGCAUACCUUAACCUGUUUGAUAUUAUAGAAGAUUUUCUCGCACGGUGGUUGGCCGGUUCUUGCACGCUCGGCUCAGGCGGAACGUGACAAUGAGUCAUGCUUUUUCGUGCGUGCAGCCAGUGUUCAUCGAUUUAUAAGACGAUAUCACGUCAAAAAGGUAUUUUUCAAAUAUAUACAGUCGCCAUCGUGUUUUCCUGAACCUUCGAGCGGUUAAGGUACCUAAUGGUUUGUUAGCGAUAACAUAAAUACAAUUUGACAUUUACAUUGGUAUUGUCUUGUUUCAAUGACUUGUGUUGAACUUCUGGACAGUUGUACACACAUUCCACUCUACUUUAAAACUUGUUUUUUUGCAUGUAGAUGCUAGAAAACCCAAAUACAGAUGAUAAUGAACACUUAAUGACACAUUGUCUUUUUCGUGUGCUAAACUUAUCUCGGGGUGCACGAGAUUAGAAUUAAGCGUCUGCAAGACUGUCUGUUGUCUGUAGAUAAAGAUUUUUUUUCUCGUUAUCAAGAUGGUGAGAACAGACAAGAGGCCUACCAAGCAUGGAGGCUCUGUAGUCCGAGAAAACGUUAUCCAGAGGCUGUCGGUGAACGUAGAGAGAAAAUGAUGAAUGUGGACAAGGCUUUGGAAGAGCUGGGCUCUUGGGGGAGGUUCCAGUUGAUCAACUACAGCUUGAUUUGUCUGCCGAUCAUAUUCACCGCGAUGUUCAGCCUUUGCUACGUCUUCACAGCUGGCUUGGUGCCGCACAGGUGCCUGGUUCCCGAGUGCGACGGCGCGAGACCGCGCUACGCGGAGGAGUGGCUGGCCUUCGCCGUGCCGUCCCGCGGCGAGGGUGGCGCGCCCAGCGGCUGCCUGCGGUACCUCGCGGCCUCGCCCGCUCCCGGGCCACCCCGCUGCGCGCCGGCCGCCUUCUCGCGCAACGCCACGGCGCCGUGCGGCCGCUGGGUGUUCGAGGACUCCGAGACCACCGUGGCUAGCGAGUUUGGCAUUGCUUGCGACAACGAAUGGAAGCGAACAGUGGUGGGAACUGUUUACGCUAUUGGCCAGUUCAUUGGCAUGCCAAUUGCAGGAGUUGUGUCUGACAGGAUUGGACGUAAGACGAUUCUUGUAAGCGGCUUGGUCCUGGUGAGCUUGGUAGGACUGGCUCGCUCGAUGGCCUGGAGCUACGAGAGCUACCUCUUCUUGUCGUUCCUCGAUGCCGUGGCGGGCUCCGGGGUGUACACGUCGUGCUUCGUCCUCGGCGUGGAGCUGGUGGGGCCCGACCGCCGGGUGCUGGCGGCCAGCCUGCUCAGCAUGUUCUACGCCGUGGGCGAGGCGCUGCUCGGCGCGCUGGCCAGGGGCGUCCGGAGCUGGCGACGCCUGCUGCUCGCCGUGCACGCGCCGGCGCUGCUCUUCGCCUCCUACCGCUGGAUGAUUCCAGAGUCUGUCCGCUGGCUGACAUCGCAAGGACGAGAGGACGAAGCUUUAGACAUCCUUCUCAAAGCAGCCAGGACGAAUGGCAUCGUCUUGUCCGAAGCUGUCUUAAACAAGCCGGAACAUUGUGCUUUAGUAAAUGAGGAGAAAAGCAGUAUUUGCGAAGAUGGCAGCAGUAAAUCUUCAGACAGUGUGUUUUUACAAGUGCUGAAGUCGCGAAUACUGCUGUUACGGUUUAUCAACUGUUGCUUUUGCUGGCUGGCCAACACGUUCGUGUUCUACGGGCUGACGCUGAACUCCGUGGCGGUGGGCGGCGACAAGUACGCCAGCUUCGUGAUGGCCGCGCUGGCGGAGGUGCCCGGCUACGUGGCGGCCAUCUUCGUGAUGCGGGGCCUGGGCAGGCGCGUGGGGCUGGCCGCGUCCCUCUGCGGCAGCGGCGCGGCCGUCCUCGCCGCCUGCUUCGUGCCCGCAGACCUGCAGGCUGUGCGCACGGCGUGUUUCAUGACGAGCAAGCUGCUGAUAACGCUGUCCUUCACCGUGCUGUACGUCCACACCGCCGAGAUGUUCCCCACGCCGCUCAGGCACUCCGCCAUCAGCGCCGGCUGCAUGGUCGGCCGGUUCGGCUCCAUGGUGGCGCCCCAGACGCCGCUGCUGGCGCGGUACUCGGAGUCGCUGCCGCUGCUGCUGCUGGGCGCCGCCGCCGUGCUGGCGGGGGGCCUGGCGCUGCUGUUCCCGGAGACCCUGGGCGCCCUGCUGCCCGACACAGUCGCCCAGGCGGAGCGCGUGGGCCGCGGCGGGCCCGACAAGAGCCCCCUCGGCCGGACCGCGUCGCCAGACCAGGGUGCCGCCCUCUGCGGGCCGUGACUCCGGGGUGGGCCGCGGCGGGCCCGAGAAGAACCCCCUCAGCCGUGACUUGCCUCGCACAUCAACCACUCUAAUGACGAUUCAAUAAGGAUUAUGAUGAUCUGAAUCGAUAUUUAAGUAUAUUUAAGUAUUUAUAUACCUAUGUCGGAUUAAAUUACAAGCUCAUUCUGCUUAACACCUA